GUUUUACCCGCACUUCCUGUUUACCUAGCAACAUAAAAUGGCGACCUUCUUUCCAUUUGGUGAUGGAUGAAUUUUCUUUAUUUUCUUGGAUUAUUCGGUAGUUGUCAUUUUGUAAAAAUUUUAGACUAAAAAUUUUAGAAGCAAUUUCCCGAUUUUGUUGAAAAAAUGGCGGCAAUCGAAACCCAACCAGCAUUUAAUCCAACAAUGACAACCACACAGGCCAUCAUGCCCGAUAAACCACGGGUACCUAUUGUAGCUCAUAUUAUCACAGACGAUGACAUUGGUAUUUUGAAGGGAACAAAGCUCCAACCCAUCAACUUAAGCAGAGUUGUAAAGCUUCUCACAGAUCCACACUCAGUACACUUGGUAGACAGACACAUUAAUGCACUGCAACGUCUGGUGAAACAUUAUCAGAAGGGAUUUCCCAUGAAAGAUUUGGUUCAGGUUUUUAAGAUCCUCAAUGUGUGUUCUGACCGAGUGGCUGGACAAGAUGAGGAGCCAUUGUUUGAAAAACUUAUCUGUGAUAUUCUGAAAAUCUGCAGUCUGCCAUUUCUGAAGGAGAAAUCGUCAGAUGAACUUGUUUUUGAACAGAUUGUCACAGAGUCCGUCUCACAAUUAGGAUAUCUAAUGCGAGUUCCAUCCCGAGACAUUAGGAGACAGAUUUGUGACACUCUUGUUGCAUUUUACAGUGAAAAACCAACCAAUCAAGAUGUACAGAAGCUCCAAGCCACAAGUUUAUCAUACAACAAGAGAGUGAUUGAAAACAGUGAUGUCUCAGAAACAUUAGUCAAAUCCUUGGCAUUGCUUGAAAAAGAUGUGGACAUAAAACUAGCCGUACUAAAUGUACUCCAACAUUUCUCUAAAGGCUCAGCUAAAAAUUGUGACCAGAUGCUGAGAGCUGAUGCGGCCACCACAAUCUGUUCACACUUGAUGGAUUCUGACCCCACAGGUCAACUCCUGUUCCGCUCCGUUGAAAUCCUAUGGAAUAUGUUAGAAAAUGGAGACCAGGGGCAGCUUGCUGAACAACUUAACAAUUUAACCUGCAUCAGUCAGUUACGGGAUGCGUUUGUGUACCAGUUAACGCAGAGUUAUAGUCAUUACGGGAGACAACUCCGUAAUGACCUUCUGGUCAUAACCAUGCUGGUGGCCUCCAAAUGUCCAAACGCCCCCUUUGUAGAAACAGGAUUCGCCAAACAACUCACAUUGUUUGCAACAUUCCAAGAAGUGAAAAGUCACAAUGCAUUGGUGAAGCAUUUAAAGUUGAUGAAGAGCCAUGAAGAUUUUGAGUUGAAGAAGUUGUUGUUUAGUAUCCUGGUAACUCUCAGUAAAGACCCAACAGUAGUCCCUGUGUUAUCUGAGGGGCACCUGAUGUUGGCCCUGUUCUCCUUUGUGAGGGCCAAUGAGAAUACGUCUGGCCCCCGUGAGUGGACCCCCGCCCAGUUUGAGGAGAUACAGCUCCACGCCAUGUCCUGUUUAUGUGCCCUGGUCCCCCUGAUGAUCGAGGAUUACAUGACCUGUCAGGGUAGCACACGUCUGUUGUUAUUACUGGAAUGGUGUGUGGGGGAAGAGGAUUUUGGUGGUCAUGGCAACAGUUUCCAUGGAUCUGGUGGCCGUGGCAACAAGAGAGGACAGAUGAGGCAUUGUUUACGUCUGCUCCGCAGUGUGGUGUCCACAGGAGAUGAAGGGGUUCUACAGGAUCUGUCAGACCAGGGUGUCAUUAACCAAAUCAUCAGUAAGUUAUCAAAUAAGUCAUCAGAGCUAUUUGGGGUGGACGGAGUGGAGGUGAUCAUCCAUUACCUGAGGACCAACUCCAAAUUCCUCAACAGCGGCCUCGGUCACCACCGCCUGCUUCUGUCAGCUGUAGACUGUGUCUGGUGUGCUGUGGUUGGCUGUUACAUCACCGAGGAUUUCUUCCUGGAGAAGGAAGGUGUUUUCUUACUCAUAGAUCUUCUGGAGGUCUGUCCAAAAAAUACACACAACCUGAUCCUGGGAUGCCUGUUAGAUCUGUGUGAGAAUCCCAAGACAAUUCACCACAUUCACACCUGGAGGGGCAAGGAUAACUGUUCCGCUGCCCACCUGUUCUGUGAAAUCUACAGGAACGAGGAGAAAGACAUGGGGGUAAAGAGGGAUAAGGAUGGGGCCAUCGCGGACAUCACGAAGCCCCUUAUGGGGGCCCUGCAGGAGUAUCAGGGCGUGGUGCCUCUCCCCGCCAGUAACCCCAGCCAGUCUAUUGUAGACGUGUCAGAAAACAUGAGGGCUAAACUGUAUUCUUUGUUUUGUAAAAUUGGCUGGUCUGAUUUGUCUGGUCUCACAGUAGAAGAUCAUGUUACUCUGGUUGUUCUUGAAAAAUACUUAGAUUUCAAGAUGGGUGAAGUUUGGACAGAGAUAAUUCAGGAACUUCAUGCUGAGAAUGUGAGGCCGGUCACCCCAGACAUGGAGGCCAUUGAAGCCAUUUCCCGAGGAAUUGAAGAGCGGGCUAAAAUCGUGGCGGGAACACAGUAUGAACUCCUAGAAGCCCAACAAAACCAAGAUGCUCUAGAUGAACAAGAAUUCUAUGCUGAGAUUCGUGAAAAUCACAGACAGAAGGAAAAAGCUCUAAAUGAUUUCACCGAUUUUGUUGCUAGAACCUCAAAUUACCAACUACUGAAAGCUGCUAAGAAGAGACAGGCUCUCUCCAUUGAGGCCUCUUUAAUGGGCAACAGAUACAGGGAAAAAGAUAAUUUCCAUGAUGCAGAGUUAAAGAAUACCAACACUACAACAUUCUGUUCUAACCUUGUGUUAGUGGAGAGCACACCACUGUCAUUAACUGGUGGUCCACUGUCAAAGUACGACACAAAAUUAGGAACCACCCAGCCCAGGAAAAUCCUGAAGCAAAAACUCACCACCAUGAGCACAAAAUAGAUGCUGGUAUGUGUUUAAAAAGGAUGGAAGUAUUUGACGUUUAAUGACAGGCAGAAAAAAAUAUAGACAUUGAAGGAUUCUGCUGUGAUAUUUUUGUGAAAAAAAAAUUGUAAUAUACAUAUGUUUUCUUCUUGUAUUUAAUAAAUUAUUCUGAACAAGAUUGAA